AUGAAACAAACUGAAUAUUGUCUUCUUAUGUUACGCCCUUACAAGAAAGUGCCGACAGAUAAGAAAAAGUAAUUAGUUGAAUUAGUAUUUUAGAAAGAUUGGAAAAUAAAACAAGCUUCGACGCAUCUUGGUAUUAACUAUGCUACAGCUAAGAAUAUAAUUUUUAGAUUCAGAAAGACCAAUAUUCAAAAAUAACCUUAUAAACUUCCAGAAUCAAAGAGAUGCCAGUACAAAUUAAUUGGAUCAUCUAACUCAAAGAUAAAACUUGUAUGCAGCUAGGGAGGAGUACUAAACUGUGAUUUAAUCUCCAAGAAUCCAUGA